ACAAUAACAAUAAUAAAAGCAGAACCAAGAACAAACUCGGGAAUAAAAGAAUUUAGCUGCAUUACCGAACGAAAUAGUGUCAUGGGCUAUGGCCCUUCUAUUCAACCCAACUCACCGCUCUGCAACGCUCUAGAGAGAGAGAAAGAUGGCGAGGAGGAGAUUGUUGUUGCUGUUGAAAUCGUUCGACUCUUACCCAAUGCGCCAAUUAAACGGUCAUUCUGGGAUCACCAACCCCCAGGCAUUGCAGAUGUUAUAUUACUUGGAGAACAGGCGUAAGGUACACAUGGAUGCCAUAAAAUAUUGUAAGUUAAUUCUGCAGCAAAGGCCAGUUGAUUGGGAACCCAUAUUCCGAAACAAUCUAGCACAGCCUAUCCGUAAUGUGGACCUGGUUAUUACAGUUGGAGGUGAUGGGACUCUUUUGCAGGCCAGCCAUUUCAUGGAUGAUACAGUUCCAAUUCUUGGAGUGAAUUCUGACCCCACACAGAUUGAAGAGGUGGAACAGUUCAACAAUGAGUUUGAUGCUAAUAGAAGCACAGGCCAUCUUUGUGCAGCAACUGUCAAUAACUUUCAACAAGUAUUAGACGACAUCCUCGCAGGUCAUAAGGCUCCUUCCCAAUUAUCAAGGAUAUCAAUAUGUGUAAACUCACAACUGCCGUCAACAUAUGCUCUUAACGAUAUCUUAGUUGCGCAUCCAUGUCCAGCGGCACUUUCUCGGUUCUCAUUCAAAAUUAAAAGGGAUGACCAGCCUUGUUCCCCUUUAGUGAACUGUCGAUCAAGUGGUCUGAGAGUUUCAACAGCUGCCGGUUCAACAGCUGCAAUGCUCUCAGCAGGUGGAUUUCCAAUGCCCAUUUUAUCUCGGGAUCUCCAAUAUAUGGUAAGAGAACCCAUUUCUCCUGGAGCAGCCUCUAGCUUGAUGCAUGGAUUAAUCAAAUCUGAUCAGUACAUGGAGACCACAUGGUUUUGUAAGGAGGGUGUUGUAUACGUUGAUGGUUCUCAUAUUUGCUAUCCUGUCCAAAAUGGGGAUAGAAUUGAAAUAUCUUCCAGGGCCCCAAUUCUGAAAGUAUUUUUGCCUCACCAUUUGGUAUCAGAGAACAAAAGUGCAGAAAGUUGAGGCAACAUAUCUUUAUCAGAAAGAAAUGGAAAUUUCUAAAUAUGAGUCAAAUAUGCAGGACAGGAACAGUAAAGAUGAGUUGGGAGACGGCACUUGUACAAGGAAGAUUUCUCUCUCCAGGGAAAUGCCCAAUAUGUAGGUUGAGGUUGAGGUUGAGGUUGAAGUUUUACUUUGUAGAAAAUUGAGCUACAAGCCUACAACUGUAUUAGCUUUAUGGGAAUCCUGGAUUUAUAAGAAGAAUCCGUUUUAAGUAUAUAGACUAGACAUUUUCUCCAGAAUUGGGGCCAGUCCAUGUAUAUAGUCCGCACUUUCUGUUAGUUUUCCUCAAGUGGACAAUGUUGGGCAGGCUUUAGUUAUCUCUCGUGUUGAAGGAUGCUUUGGUUAGACACCCCUUUACUUAAACAUGGGGCAUCAGCGUUUUUUAAAAGAGUAAUGCUAUUUAGUAUUCUGAUAUACAAUUGUCAUAUAUUAUUGGGGUGCUGUGGCAAUAAAAAUCAGUCAUUGAAUUUUUUUUUUUUAA